AUGGAGGCGGCGGGAUCGCUCAGUGCGGCGUCUUUGCGGGAGCGGCUGCUGCAGGGCCUGGAAGCCGAGCAUGUGGAGGUGGAAGAUACGACCCCCGGACGAUGUGCCACAAGCUUCAAAGUCCUGGUAGUUUCCCCACAAUUCCGGGGGAAACCACUGCUCCAGCGACACCGGCUGGUCAAUGAAGUCUUAGCGGAGGAGCUGAAACACAUCCAUGCCUUUGAGCAGCGAACUCUGACGCCGGAACAGUGGGCAAAAGAGCAGGAAGCCAAGUGAGAGCUGCGCCCUCCCAGGACAGGAAGAUGAAAAUAGCUCCUUGAGAGGAGGGAG